AUGGAUUCCACCUUCUUGGAAGACCAUAAACAAAAAGUCGAAACCAGGUACCCCUCAAUGGACCGUUACCAACAACCCCCCUCCGCCUACCCCUGUGGGCCCCACCACGGCUACCCCUACGUGUUCAAUUCCUACCCCAACAACAACACCGACUUCUAUCCGAACCAGCAUUACGACAAGCCGCUCCCCGAAAUCGACACUGACGACGACGGUUCGUCCUCAUUCGUGCGGCUCAUGCUCGUGCUCAUGAUCGUCCUCGUGGCAAGCAUGUGCACGAUGUCCCUAGUCAUGUGGUUCCUCUUCGGGACCUACGCUCCGGAAUUCGAGGUCACCUCUCUAAAAGUCUCCAACUUCACGGUCACAAACUUGACCCUGACUAGCACGUGGGACGUGACAGUCUCGGUCACAAACACGAACAAGGAUCGGGCAAUCCAGUUCGACCAGGUCAAGUCGUUGCUUUUCUAUAAAGAGGCUUUGCUUGGGGUUUCGGAUGUGAAGCCGUUCCAAGUGAGCCAAAUGCAGAACACGGAGUUUAACUUGAGUUUGCUGGUGGAUGUGAAGAAUGCAGAGGAAAACAGGGUGCAGGAGGGGAUUCUGCCGACCCUGGAGCAGGAUUACAGUAACGGGAUGGUGGAUUUCAGCCUGAGGCUGGCGCUCAAAGCGAAUUUCACGAUGCCAAACAUGGCGUACAGGCAGGAGAGCAUGAAAGUGAUGUGUGAGAGAAUGGAGGUCGUGUUCUCAGCUGAUACUGGCGCGGGGAGGCUGUCGCCGCCAGGGAUGAUGAGCACCUGCUUGAUACAGGUUCAGUGA